AUGUCUCAACCGUCUCUACUUGAAAUGCCGGAAAAUGUGAUGUUGAAAAUCACAGAAGCAGUUGGAUUCCCUUCGAUUUUUACGCUUCGAAAAACUUGUCACGACUACCGUAACUUUAUCGAUGACAAGACUCCAAACAUCAACCUAACCGGUAUCAUAAUCUAUGUUCAUCCUCAAAGAAUUUACUGGUGUUACGAAAUUUCUGGGGAUAAAGAAUUUAUACUUUACAACAACCACCCGGAUGGAUGUGUGUUCGAGCAUAAAUCUCAUGAAAUUUUUCUGCGAAACGAAGAUUUCAUAUUGUUAUUCCUUAGAGAUUUCGAACUUAUUAUCAAGCAUCAAAAGUCAACACUUGAACAAUUUCAUUUCAAUUCUGGAUGUCUGACAAACGAAGAAGAGUUUCAUCACUUCAUUUCUCCAAUACUUGACAAAACCAUGAAGAUUCUGAAAUCCCGGUCAUGCCCAUUGAAAGUCAAAGGGUUCACAAUGAGCGCUUUCCGACAGGAACAUGUCAUGUCUAUUCUACCAUUCCUAGAUGCUAAUCUCCUGAAAAGUAUUUCAAUGGAGCAUACAGAUUAUGAAGCUUUCGAAAAUAAUGAAACAGUAAUGAAGCUCAAUGAAAUUAUGGAGUUACCUCAAUGGAGAAAUGCCACAAAUCUAGAAAUAAUGCAUUUGUAUGUCACGGAGCCAGUGGAAAACUUUUUCGGAUUCGCGAAAGUUGCGAUAUGGAAGAAAUCAGUGACUGGGAACGACUUUCUUUCUGUCAAAGAGAAAUUCCUGUCGCCCAAUAACCAAACUGAGGAGUUUAUUAUCUUUUACGAAGUCUUCUUCGAUUGUCAAAUAUUAGGAGACUGCAUCACGGAUGAUUGUGGGGAUCAACAUUGGUACUACCGAACUGAAAACAAAGAAAAAUUACUGACCAGUUUCAAAAAUAAUUUGCAAAAAAGCUUAUUGUAUCAUUUAUUGGGAGAUCGGAUGUUCCGGAGAAUGCAGUUGUGUUGGCUUAGUCGGGUAUCAUCAUACAGAAAUAUUUUCAUGUUGUUGUUUCUAUUUAUCACUUGUGAGAUCUUGAUUAUUACUCAUGAAGCAUAA